AUGUCGUUGAGUCGCGUGAGUUCGACUGACCACUUUGAGCGAAAUGCGGACAGCUCUGGUAUCGAGCACAGGAGGAUGUCGUUCAAUCCGGUGACAGACUGGAUGCCGCCGAAGCACGACACACCUCCUGAGACUGCAGAGCAUGUGCUGGAAUUCGAGGAUGUGCCAAAGGCGAGGAGAAUUACACAAGUCGUUAUCGCCAUUAUAUAUUGCCUGUUUGCAGCAGGGCCAGUGUUCGGGUAUGCAGCCAUCAAACCCGUCUUGAUCGAUGAAGGCGCCUUCGACGAGCUGUGUACGCCGUCGGAGAUCGAGGAAGGAGUGUCUCCGUGCUACCAGCAAGAGCUUCGCCUCAAUCUCAUGUUCACUAUUGCAGCAGUCUCUACCAAUGUCGCAGCAUUGCCCAUAGGAACCAUACUGGAUCAAUUUGGACCGAGGGUGUGCGGCAUUAUCAGCAGUGUGCUCAUCUUUGCGGGCGCAAUGCUCAUGUCCUUUGCUUCAUCUGUCAAGGCCGACUUGUACACACCUGCAUACUUCCUGCUGGCAUUGGGAGGUCCCUUCGUGUUCAUCUCGUCUUUUCAACUAUCGAACACCUUCCCACACAGGUCGGGAUUGAUCUUGGCUCUUUUGACUGGAGCUUUCGAUUCUUCUUCGGCCCUAUUUCUCCUCUUCCGGAUACUCUACGAGCGCACAGAAGGUUCUCUCAAUACCGAAAAGCUUUUCAAGAUUUACCUGGUAGUGCCAAUCUUCAUCCUCGUUGUGCAGAUCUUUGUGAUGCCGAAGGUAUCCUACAAAUCUGUCAGCGAGAUUGUGAAGGAAGCCGAGGAAGGUGCAAACGCUCCAACGCCUCCAGAGGCUACAGAAGAGCAACAGAUUACGUUCAGAGAACGACGAGAAAGUGCCGUCAGUGAGAUCACCGCCCUUCUGGAGACUCCAGCAAACUCGAAACGAGCGGUUCGUGAGGAGAAGAAAAAUCAUCAGUCAGGCGUAUGGGGAGUUCUGCAUGGUCGGACUGCCUGGGAACAGAUCAAGACUCCCUGGUUCAUCCUCAUUACAUUGUUCACCGUCGUUCAGAUGACACGCAUCAACUACUUCGUUGCGACGGUACGGUCACAGGAAAGGUGGUUGCUGGGAUCCGAAGAGCAGGCACGCAAAGUCAACGAGUUCUUCGAUAUUGCUCUGCCUGUUGGUGGCGUUUUGAGUAUACCUUUCAUUGGAGCGAUUUUGGACAACACAUCAACGCCUUUUGCUCUCGGAUCUCUGGUCCUGGUAGCAACAGUCAUCGGCGUGCUUGGAUGUUUACCGUAUACAUGGGCCGCAAUCGCAAAUAUUGCCUUGUUUGUUCUAUACAGGCCAUUCUACUACACAGCAGUUUCUGAUUAUUCGGCAAAAGUCUUCGGGUUCGUCACAUUCGGAAAAGUAUAUGGAUUGAUCAUUUGCCUAGCUGGGCUUCUGAACUUCCUCCAGAGUCCGUUGGACGCGGUGACUCAUGUGGUGUUCGACUUGAACCCGAUCCCAGUCAACGCAAUCCUGACUGGCACUGCUGUGGUUGUGGGCGGAGCUUUGGUGGCAUUUGUGACUGUGAAGAGUAGGAAAGCGGCACGGCAAGAGCUCGAGGAUGAGGCUGAAAAUGCUACUGAACACCUUAUGCCGAAUGGCAAUGGCCACACCUAUGGAACAUGA